AUGACCAAACAACAUUUCCCCACUUGGAAUCACGCCUCCAACCCGCUGUGCCUGUGCCUGUGCCUGUGUUGGUGCUGGUGCUGGUGCUGGUUCCAAUGUCGCGGACGCGCUUCAGGUGUUGCGAGGCGCCAUGUCCGCCAAGACACGUUUCAACCCCCUCGCCCCGUCCUUGCAACCUUGGAUCCCGCCUGGUUCAGCGCCAGACACCAAGUGACCACUGGCCAAACACCAAGUGACCACUGGCCAAACACCCCAAAGACUCCCAAGGGACGCAUGCAUGGAUGCCGGCGCUCCCCCACAUCCCCCAUCCAAACCACCCAUACCACCCAAAUCCAAAACAACAUCCAUCCAUCUGCUGCUGUUACCUACAUGUCGCUGCUAUCUGGCGGUCGCACCGCCAUUGCCAACAUGCCCGACGAGAUGCAGCUCUACGUUGACAAGCACGUCAGCUAUAUACAGAGUCUCGACUCGCGCAAAGACGAGCUCGAGUACUGGCUCACUGAACAUCUGCGUCUCAACGGCCUCUACUGGGGCUUGACUGCAUUGCAUCUUCUCGGCCGUCCAGAUGCGCUGCCCCGCAGUGACAUUCUCGACUUCGUCUUCUCGUGUCUGCAUGACACGGGUGGCUUUGGUGCUGCUCCAGGCCACGAUGCGCACAUGCUGUACACUGUCAGCGCCGUCCAGAUACUUGCCACCCUCGACGCAUGGCGAGAGCUGGAAGAUCGCGUACCAGGUGGCCGUCAAAAGAUUGGAAAGUACGCAGUCAUUGCAGACUUGCAAGAUCCACUUUCUGGCACAUUUGCUGGCGACGAAUGGGGCGAGCACGACACCCGCUUCUUGUAUGGAGCCUUGAAUGCCCUUUCGUUGAUGGGUCUGCUGCACUUGGUAAAUCUUGGCCAGGCCGUUCACUACGUCCACUCCUGUGCCAAUCUCGACGGCGGUUAUGGCACCAGCCCUGGUGCAGAAUCACAUUCAGGCCAGGUCUUCACCUGCGUGGGGGCAUUGGCAAUCGCCGGCAGACUGGACCUGGUGAAUCAGGAGAAGCUCGGCGCCUGGCUCAGUGAACGACAGCUCAAGAAUGGGGGCUUGAACGGUCGACCAGAGAAGAAGGAAGACGUGUGCUACAGCUGGUGGGUGAUGAGUAGCAUGGCCAUGCUCAACAAGCUGCAUUGGAUUGACGGCCAGAAAUUGGCCCGAUUCAUUUUACAAUGUCAGGAUCCGGAUCAAGGGGGACUCGCAGAUCGUCCUGGCGACAUGGUGGAUGUAUUUCAUACCUUGUUUGGCAUCGCCGGGCUGAGUCUCUUGAAUUAUCCUGGUCUCGAAGAGGUUGAUCCUGUAUACUGCAUGCCACGCGCUGUCACACGAAGAUGUCUUGGCCUGUCUGUCCUCGAUGUCCAACGCUUCAAUUCACAGCUCGCUUCUGCAGUCUCGUAG